ACGCAGCAACACAGCGAGAUAUUCUUUUCUAGUGAAAAAAAAGUCCAUUGGACUUUAAACGAAAAUUAAUUAACUGGCAAUAUAGCCUAAGUUGCUGUGCCAUCAAAUCGACUUCAUCACAAGUGGGGUGACGCCAACCAUAAAAAAGAAGAAUCAAACAAUUCGUUCCUAAAAAUACGGCAAUAUGUUCAAAAUAUUUGUAUCUAGCUUAUUGAAGCAACAUGGGAUUUACUUCAGUAGGAACGUUUUAUUCAGAGAAUCUCACAAAGCAGCAGUUUUGCGAGAGAUAGGAAAACCAUUGGUCUUGGAAAAUGUGAAACGAACUGAACUGAAGGCCAAUGAGGUUCGGAUUAAAGUCCAUUACUGUAGUUUGAACACUACAGAUGUUCAAAUUAUCACCGGUAAACACCCAGAACUUAUUAUACCGCUUCCGUUCAUUCCGGGUCAUGAGAUUUCUGGAGAAAUCGUUGAGAUAGGAAAAAACAAUCCCAACUUUUUAAAACCAGGUGAUCGCGUCAUUGCCAUGAACGAUCUGCAGGACCCUAAUGGAGGAUUGACAGCAGAAGUAAUCGUUAAACAUCGGGAUGUGUGGACAGUUCCGUCAGAGGUUCCUUUGCGAGAGAUGACUGUGAUACCAUAUGGUCAUGGAACAGCUUUACUAACGUUUGCCGUUCACUGUCCUCUGCAUGAAAAUGAUUUACUUUUGAUAACUGCGGGUCCUGCUGGAAUGGGACUGGCUGCUAUUGAUGUAGCCGUCAAUGUUUACAAGGCAAAAGUAAUAGCUAUUUGUGAUACCGAAAGUAGUUCCGAUUUAGUUAGAGAGAAAGGUGCUUACAAAACUAUUAGUAUGAAUAAAAGUUUCACAAAGAUUUACAAAGACAUAGCGGACGCAAUGGGUGACAAAAAAGCGAAAGUGGUUUAUGACGCUGUAGGAAAAGGAUUGCUCCAUCUGCUAGCUGAUUUUGUUGAUGUUGAAAACGGGAAGAUGUUCUCAAUUGAUCCCUUCUAUAAUCACGACAAACUAAAGAGCUUUAAACCGAAAUUUGAUCUUCCGAAGAAAAAGGAACGGACCGAAGCGCAAGAACGUAACGCAGCAAGGUUUAUCGAUAACGUGAGGCACGUAGAUUUGUAUGAAUAUCCGGAUGAGGAUAUUUACCGACAGAUGAUAUCAGAUACAAUCGAAAUGCGAGCUCAAGGAAUGAUUGCCGGACAUAUUAGUAAACUGUUUUCAUUGAAAGACAUUCAAGAAGCGAUCAAAUUUAUAGUUGAGAAAAAAUGUACUGGGAAGGUCUUAAUCGAUGUAAAAUGUAUCGAUGGCGAAGAUUGUGAGGAUGAAAAAACAAAAAAGAACAAUGUCUAAUAUAAUGAGGAGACUGUUUGAAUUAAUUUGAAAUUAUCAAAACUUGAGAUAUUGUUUUUCGAA